UCUGCGAUGGUGAUGUUUGACCUGGCAUGGAUAAUGUCUAAAGACUUGAAUGACAUGUUGUGGUGGGCUAUUGUUGGCCUAACAGAUCAAUGGGUCCAAGAUAAAAUCACUCAAAUGAAGUAUGUGACUGAUAUUGGGAUUCUACAGCGCCAUGUGUCUCGCCAUAACCACCGCAAUGAGGAUGAAGAAAACUCUCUGUCAAUUGACUGCAUGAGAAUAGCAUUUGAGUAUGAUCUGCGCCUGGCACUUUAUCAGCACUGGUCUCUAUAUGAAAGUCUCUGUAACACUUCAUAUACCUCUGCUAGCCUUAAGCUCUGGUCUGUACAAGGGCAGAAGAGGCUCCAGGAGUUUUUGGCUGACAUGGGUUUGCCUUUGAAGCAAGUGAAACAGAAAUUUAAUUCCAUGGACAUGUCUUUGAAAGAAAAUCUCCGGGAAAUGAUUGAAGAAUCUGCAAACAAGUUUGGAAUGAAAGAUUUAAGAGUUCAGACCUUCAGCAUUCACUUUGGCUUUAAGAACAAGUUUUCAGCAAGUGACAUAGUUUAUGCAACAGUUUCUCUCAUGGAGAAUGUAGAAAAAGAGGGGCCUGAAACAACUAAUUUCAUUAAAGCUUUGGACAGUCUCUCCAGGGGUAACUUGGACAAACUGCACCAAGGACUGGACUUAGCCAAAAAGCAGUUAUGUGCCAUUCAACAGACUGUAGCCAGCUGUAUUUGCACCAACCUUGUAAUUUCUCAGGGGCCUUUUCUCUAUUGCUCUCUCAUGGAGGGCACACCAGAUGUGAAACUAUUUUCCAAACCAGUGUCUCUGUGCCUACUUAGUAAAUACUUACUCAAAUCGUUUGUUUGCUCUACAAAAAACAAGCGUUGUAAAUUGCUGCCACUGAUAAUGGCUGCACCAAUGGAUGUUGAACAGGGAACUGUGAUCAUGGUGGGGAUUCCUCCAGAGACAGAAAGCUCUGACAAAAAGAAUUUUUUUGGAAGAGCAUUUGAGAAAGCUGCAGACAGUACCAAUUCUAGGACUUUACACAACCAUUUUGACAUGUCGAUAAUUGAAUUGAAAACAGAAGACCGGAGCAAAUUUCUGGAUGCACUCAUUUCCCUCUUGUCCUAA